GCAGACACACAGGUCGAACUUUAUUAUCAACCACUCGAUACCAACUGCAGGAACAGCCACAGGUCCUCCAAGAUACAGUACAGAAGAGUUGAAAAAUCAAAAACGGCUUUUCAGGGAUGCAGAUACAUUGUGGCUUCCCUUGGGCCUGGAGAGCUGGCUUUUCACAGUUGACACAAAUAUGAUCAUUUUUUCUUUGGAUGUUAAGUUUCAGUACUUUUUUGGUGCCGGUGUAGAGAACUGAAGCUGAUAACCUGACGAAGGACUUGGAAAUUUCUCAGUGUCCGCACAUUGUCCUGAAUCUGUCAAGUCAAGAACCAAACUCAGUGUGAGAGACUCAGCCGGACAGGAACAGAGACUUUAAUUCAUCACCAUUACAGGCUGUGAGGACCAAGUGACUUUCUGACCCCGCUGGUCUGUAGUGGUUCCACAAUGGGGAAGACUGGGCAGAGUACAGUGGACUUAAACUCCCCAACAGAGGUCAAACAAGCAGUUCCCUUUGAGGAAGUGGAUCCUGUGGCAUCCCCUGCAGAUGAAAAGAAGAAAAAAGAAGAGCCACCUGACAGAGGAAGCUGGAAGGGAAAGUUUGAUUUUCUGCUAUCAUGUGUGGGAUACGCCAUUGGCCUAGGAAAUGUCUGGAGGUUCCCUUAUCUGUGUGGCAAGAAUGGUGGAGGGGCCUUUCUGAUCCCGUACUUUCUGACCCUGGUGUUUGCUGGGAUACCCCUCUUCCUCCUGGAGACAUCUCUGGGACAGUUCACCUCAGUGGGAGGGCUGGGGGUGUGGAAGCUCAUCCCUAUGAUGAAAGGUGUUGGUUUAGCUGCAGUGGUCCUGUCCUUCUGGCUCAACAUCUACUAUAUUAUCAUCAUUGCCUGGGCACUCUACUACUUAUUCAACUCCUUUGGUUCGGAGCUGCCUUGGCAAAGUUGUGAUAACCCCUGGAACACAGAGAAAUGUUUUUCCAACUACAGUCUGACAGACACCACCAACCUGACCAGCGCUGUCACUGAGUUCUGGGAGCGUAACAUGCAUCAGCUGUCUAAUGGUCUGGAGGAACCAGGAAAGCUUCGCUGGCCCUUAGUGGGCACUCUGGCGCUGGCCUGGAUCCUUGUCUAUUUCUCAAUCUGGAAAGGAGUGGAGUGGACGGGGAAGGUGGUGUAUUUCUCAGCCACCUAUCCCUACUUCAUGCUGUUCAUCCUGUUCUUUCGUGGGGUCACUCUGCCUGGAGCCAUAGAUGGGAUCCGCUUCUACAUUACCCCAGACUUCAAUAAGCUUGUCCAGUCUGAGGUGUGGCUGGAUGCAGCAACUCAAAUCUUCUUUUCCUACGGACUGGGCCUGGGCUCGCUCAUCGCACUGGGAAGCUACAACACUUACAACAACGAUGUAUACAGGGACUCCAUCAUAGUGUGCUGCAUUAACUCCUGCACCAGCAUGUUUGCUGGCUUCGUCAUCUUCUCCAUUGUAGGCUUCAUGUCCUAUAUCACUAAGAAACCUGUCCAGGAAUUAGCAGCAUCAGGUCCAGGUCUGGCGUUUUUAGCUUAUCCUCAGGCCGUCACCCAGCUGCCCAUGUCCUCUCUGUGGGCCAUCCUUUUCUUCUCCAUGCUGAUGAUGCUGGGCCUGGACAGUCAGUUCUGCACAGUGGAAGGCUUCAUCACAGCUCUGAUGGAUGAAUAUCCCCUGGUGCUGAGGAAGAGGAAGAAGAUCUUCAUCCUCAUUGUCUGCUUAAUCUCCUUCAUCAUUGGCUUCUCCAACAUCACACAGGGUGGUCUGUAUGUGUUCAAGCUGUUUGAUUACUACUCCGCCAGUGGGAUGUGCCUUCUCUUCCUCGUCUUCUUCGAAACCAUUUCGAUAUCCUGGUUUUAUGGUGCUGAAAGGUUUUAUAAGGACAUUGAGGACAUGAUUGGCUAUAGGCCAUGUGGCUGGUGGAAGCUCUGCUGGAUGUUCUUCACUCCGAUGAUCUGCCUGGGGGUGUUUACCUUCAGUGCCAUUGAGAUGACCCCUCUGACCUUGGGGAAGUAUGUGUACCCGCUGUGGGGCCAAGUGAUUGGCUGGUUUAUGGCUUUGUCUUCCAUGAUACUGGUCCCGGGCUAUGUCAUCUACAUGUUCUGCACCACCGAGGGCAGCAUCAAACAGCGUUGGCGGAAGAUGACAACUUCCCAGAAGGAUGAAAAGCCAUCGGGGCAUGAAGAAUUUACACACACAGGGAGUGUGGGCGAAGCUCCUGUCUAGUCAGGAUUGUUCAGGUUGAAAUAAUCUGACUUUUAUUUUCCCCUGUCUGCCAGGGUUUGCUGUAGUUGACAUUGAAAUUUGACAAUUGGAUAGAUGGAGUCUUGUACAGUAUUCUAUGACUUUUUCCUCCAUCUUAAAUUGUGCUAUAAAAUCAGGCAAAUGACAGAAGAAGAUGAAAUUUCCUAUUGCAGUAAAUGAAUGACCACAAAUUGAAUGCAAUCAAUGCAGAAUUGAACCUUUGUACAAACACCACAUGUACCAUUAAUGUAUGACUUCAUCCUACUAGUAAAUUGUCUCUACUACUCAACAAAAUCUCUGUCUUUGUUUAUAAGCCACAAAUGGCAUAAAUGUUGUUGUACAGAGGCAUUAAAACAUCUGGUAAAACUGUAAUGCAUCAAAGACUAUUUGCUUGUGGUAGCUUAAAGAACCAACCAACCAGCCACUGUGAUAUGUGCAAUAAAUAUGUGGGCCCUCCAUAUUUGUUGUCUUUGCUAAUCCAGACCUACAAAAAUCUAAACAAAAAGAAAACAUUUGUGACUAUAAUAUGAAUGUGAUGAAGUUGUACAGGCUAUUCCCCAUAGACAGUUUCUCAAUUAACACAGCAUUGAGAGAUUUAAAUUAUGUUGUACAAUCUCAAGUAUUAGCCUUCAUGGCAGCUUGUUUGAUUAAAAUAUUAGAAAACUGCAAAUAUAAUUGUGUCACUAUAUUAAGUAUGUUAUGCUUUUUUUAAAGAGUUAUUUCAUACCGUGGGUUACGAGAGUAUGAGAAAACGCUCUAUUUUGUCAGAUUGGGGAUUAUGUCAAAUGAGAUGUAUGAAGGAUUUUCCCUGACUUUACUCCAGUUUUUUCAUGUCAAUAAAAACAAAAUAAACUGCA